AUAUUGGUUGAGCCACCAUGGAUUUACUAGACUCCAUCAUGAGCAAGAUGGCCAAGCCACCGUCCAUUGACGACAAACAGAAGAAGCUCAUGCGAGAGCAGCAGAAGGUGCUGGACGAGGCCAGGAGCAAGGAGCGGGAGGAGCUGAGCAAGUUCCGGCGCCAGAUGGAGCAGCGCGUCCACAGCUUCAU